CUUUGGUGCAUCAGUUCUCAGGUCAGUCGUCUCGUCUACUUUUCUUUCCCCAUCUUGUUUAACCGCUGAUAUGUACCUCCAAAUCCGAUGGUUCUAAAGCUAUCGACUUUGAAGUUUUCCAGCAAACUCCCUCGAUGGCUCAACUUACCUGGCCGCUAUUUCUCCAUUUCUUACGCCAAUUCUGUCCUAUUGAAUCCUGAAACCGACCCAAACCCCUUUUAUGUUGACGAUUUUGAAGCAAAGAUUAAGUUUUUGAGGAAUAACCUAUACCCAGAUAGCUUAAUCCGGGUUUUGGAUAAAACACAAGAUUUGAACUCUGCUCUCAAGAUUUUCAAAUGGGCUGCCUUACAGAAACGCUUUAACCACACCGCUAAUUCCUAUUACCAUAUCAUUUUGAAGCUGGGUUUGGCUGGAAAUAUUAAGGAAAUGGACCAUUUUUGUCUGAAUUGGGCAAGAGAUAAAUGUGCAGGUACGGAGGAGGCUCUUGCUUUUUUGAUUGAUACAUUCGUUAGACAUUCUAGGCUAAAUGAGGCGAGUCGGGUCCUUGUGCAUAUGACAUUAGGUGGCUAUAAUCCCUCUGUUAAUGUAUUUAAUGAUUUAUUGGGUGCUCUUGUUAAAGAAAAAAGAGAUUUCCAACAUGUAUUGUUUGUUUACAAGGAGAUGGUGAAAGCAGGAGUUUUACCCACUGUCGAUACAUUGAACUCUUUGUUGGAGGUUUUGUUUGAGACCAAUAGGGUGGAGUCAGGUUUGGAUCAGUUUAGGAGGAUGAGAAAAAAGGGUUGUAGUCCUAAUGGUAGGACCUUUGAGAUUGUUAUAAAAGGUCUUAUUGUGAAUGGAAGAGUUGAUGAGGCAGUGCUCAUUUUUCAUGAAAUGUUGGAGCUUGGGUGUCUGCCAGAUUUGAGCUUCUAUUCCUGCAUUGUGCCAUUGUUUUGUCAGGAGAACAGACUAGAACAGGGAAUGCAGCUAUUUAGGCUGAUGAGAGCAUCUAAUUUAGUGCCAGAUUCACUAAUUUGCAGGAAAUUGAUUUGUUGUUUAUGUAUGAACCGUCAUUUAGAUGAUGCAACUAAUGUUCUUCAAGAGAUGAUAGAAAUUGGUGAGAUUCCUCCUGUCGAUUCAUUCGUGGAUAUAGUGAAUGGAUUUUGUGAAGGGGAAAAAUAUAUUGAGGCAAUACAUUUCUUGGAGAAUAACUGUGGUAACUUGACUUCUCCACAUAAAGCAUUGCUCGAAGGUUGCUGUAGGGCUGGUAAAUUUUUACUGGGAAAAGAUUUGCUUGAGAAGAUGUCUGAAGGGGGCAUAGCUGAUUGUGAUUCUUGGAAUAUUCUUAUAAGAUGGCUUUGUGAGAAUGUAGGUAUCAAGAAAGCUUAUGAACUUCUUGGAAGAAUGAUUGUCCACUCAUUAGUUCCUGAUUGUGGCACAUUUGCAGCGCUUGUUGUUGGUAAUUGUAAAUUGAACAAGUAUGAGGAUGCUUUAGAGCUAUUUUAUUACAUUCAUUCCAAAUGCUGGGGUUUGGUAAUAUGUUAUUCUAGGUUAGUAGAAAGCCUUUGCAGGCUAGAAAAGAUUACAGAGGCUGUUGAAGUAUACUACUACAUGUCUAAAAGUGGAUGCCUCCUUGAAGCCACCACAUUCAAUAUGUUGAUCAAGGCUGCAUGUGAUGUAGGAAAGGUGGAUGAAGCAAUCAAGAUGAGAUCUUUGGCUUAUUAUUCUGGUACUUCUUGCACGAGUUUGACUUACACCACUAUCAUACUUGCCUUGCAUAAAUCAGAAAGGGCUAAAGAUGUCUUGGUAAUGGUUUCCCAAAUGCUGAUAGGGGGUUGUGCUAUUAAUGCAGAAGCAUAUUGCAUCCUCAUACGGAGUAUGAGUACCCUGAAUCGAUUCAAGGAAUGUGCUUUGUUUUUCAAGUUAAUGCUUAAUGAGGGCCUCAUGCCUGAUUCAGAGGCAAUGCAUGCUCUUUUGUCUUGUUUAGCUAACCAUUCUCACUUGCAUUUGCUGUCGAAAGAUAUUAAUAAAAUUAUUUCUAGAAUGGAAAUUCCGGAAUCAGCUAUGUAUAAUCUACUGAUUAAUGGCCUUUGGAAAGAAGGUUGCAAGAGUGAGGCUUGUCUUCUGUUAGAUUUGAUGUUGGAAAAGGGUUGGGUCCCAGAUGCUACAAAUCAUGCAUUGUUGAUUGGAUCCAACGUCAAAGAGGUAACAAGUAGGGGAUCAACAAUGUAUGAAAAUUCAACGGAACAGGAUAAUGCAUUGUGUGACAGAUCUGUCUUCAAUGGCAUUGUAAUUGUGGUCAUGCGAGGUUAGUUAGUCUUGAGUAGACAUUAUAAUGUCCUUGCUUAUGUCAAAUGAACAUACAUAUGUCAAAAUCUUCAGAAGUGCUUAAUAUGUGCACGGUUGGGAGGAACAGAUAACUAUGUACAUCCUGUUUUUACAUCGAAAGAAUAAUAUUUCUUUUAGAUAUUGGUUAUCAGCAAGUAGGGAAUUAUGGUAUCUAAAGUUCAGAUUCUAUAUGAGAUCAUUUAUUGAUCCAGAAGAGCAGGACAUAUUUGGGGGAAUAUGUAAACCUGGGAGUUUGUAGGGAGCGGGACAAGUUGUUGAAGAUCAUAAGCCUUCAACCCUCCAACUGCUGGAAAUUUACCCUCAUUCCGCUCUCCUUUGCAGGUGACUGCUUCUAUUUUGGCAUGGCAAUGUAUUCAAUCUGAUAUCAACUAGUACAUUAACAAGUGAAAAGAGGCACUGCCCAAUUUCCAACACUCAACUGGUAGCAGUUUCAACAACCAUGUGAGAUCUCUGUUCAAAGAUAUAGCACUCAGCAUGGCAUGACUACUGUGGCCAGAUACCGUUGAUUAGUUCCAUUGCCGAUGAAGAUGGAUGGAAGUUCUUUCCAGCUCCUUUCUUCGCAAUGUCACCGGGGAUAUAGUUUUCCGUGAUAGAAGACUAGAAUGGAAGGCCAGUGCAGAAUGAGCCUGAGUGAAAAUUGAGUCAUGAAAUUGCAGAGCGACAUUGGGCUGGGACUGCCCUCUAUAUGUGCAUAAUAGUCCCUUUUGCCUUGGGUUCUGGCCCAUCAUUGAUUCCCUGCAACCACGCCCAUGCUGCUGAAAAAGAGAUUGCCGUUUUCAUGCACUCUCUUCUAAAAGAUUUUGUUUUGUUUUCUUUUUUUUUUCCCAAAUAAACCGAGCUCCCAAACGGGCAACGCCCUGGUAAAUAGAAAAUUUAAGGAUACUAGUGUUGGGAUUUGGCAUGAGAAGGGCCAUGCGAAAUUGCAUGCAUACUCUGUAUUAAGUUCAUUAACUAUGUGACAUGGUUUCAAAAUUCAAUACAUCAAUGCCCUGACAUUGACAAAUGCUGUUUCUGAAUAAUUAACAAAGCAGUCGAGUGGAAACAAACAACCAAAGAUCUGAAUAGUUGGAAUCGGCCAUCAGCUGCAGCGGGAAAGAAAAAG